UUCGUCCCAUAAGUGUCGCGGGGAUCACACCGUCUAUUUUUGCUUCCCCACACACUCUCUCUCUCUCGCACUCUCUUUUCGCUGCUGGCAAGAGCGAGGAACGACGGUUCCCGCCGAAGCGUGGCCGAGGGUCUGUUUUAUGCUUUUCAUCUCUUGAAAGAAAACCAUGCAAGGGGCAUAUAGAGAAAACAAUAGAAAGGCUGUGGGAAAGGUUCUUUCAUCUUCCUCAAAACCAAAGUUUCCAAGUUCCCAGCCUAAAUCACCUGGACCUGGUGCAGCUGGUGAUGGGACUAAUGUUGAUCAGUUGAGUGGCAGUAUGGCUGAUCUUGGCAAUGAUUCUCAGAAUCAUGAGUGGGAGGUGUAUAGGAAGCCUAGACGAGGACAGAGGCAAACAGCUACAACUGCUGCAGCCACAGGAAAAACUGGGGCACAGUAUGACACCACGCAAAGGGCUGGGUACAAUUGGCAGAACCAGCCGGUGGAUUCUGUUAAACAAGCUGGUAGGGGGAAUGUUAAGGCACAUAUAUCCAAUUCAGGAAGCAAUUGGCAAUCCAGUUACAUGGCUCCAUCCCCUAGUAUUCCUCCUCCUCUACAGAAUGGGUGGCAGUGGGCUAAGAGAGAAACUCAAGGCAUUCCAACAGCUAAUUCUACCAUAGCUUCUGUAGCAGUUGACAAUGUUGGGCUCCAUCCUCAGGAGCAACUGGACCAAAUAGGUGAUUCUCAACCUGACACAGGGGCAUAUUCAAAUGCGAGUUCUGAAGAAGAUGAUGCAGAGUUUGAUGACAGUGACUAUGACUUGUUAAGUGAUGAAGAAUCUGAUUCUAAUGAUAACGAAAUGGAUGAUGAGAAUAUCAAGCAGAGUAAGUGGUUCAAGAAAUUUUUUAAAUCUUUGGAGUCUUUGACAGCUGAACAGAUAAAUGAACCUUCAAGGCAGUGGCACUGCCCUGCAUGCCAGGGUGGACCUGGAGCCAUUGAUUGGUAUAAGGGCAUGCAGCCUCUCGUGACUCAUGCUAAGACAAAAGGGACUCAAAGGGUGAAGCUGCACCGGAAACUUGCUGACCUCUUGGAGAAGGAGUUAGCCAAGAGGGGAACCUCAGUAAUUACAGCUGGUGAAACGUUUGCAAAGUGGAAAGGACUAAAAGAGCAAUCAGUUGAUCAUGAAAUUGUUUGGCCGCCUAUGGUUAUUAUUCAAAACACAUGGCUCGAUAAAGAUGAUGAUGAUAAGUGGAUUGGCAUGGGAAACCAGGAGCUACUUGAUUAUUUUGAAGGAUAUGAUGCGAAGAAAGCAAGGCAUGCAUAUGGACCUCGGGGUCAUCGUGGGACAAGCAUCCUGAUAUUUGACAGUUCAGCCAUGGGUUAUGUCGAGGCAGAACGGCUGCAUAAGCAUUUCAUCGAUGAGUGUAGAGAUAGAGCUGCUUGGGAAUGCCGUCGAAGUAACUUUGUUCCUGGUGGAAAGCGUGUCUUGUAUGGUUAUUUAUCCACAAAAUCAGACAUGGAGUAUUUUAAUCAGCAUCAUUCAGGGAAAACGCGGUUGAAAUUUGAGAUGAGAUCCUACCAUGAAAUGGUUAUCGUUCCUAUGAAGCGCAUGGAAGAAGAUAAUCAGCAACUCAUAUGGUACAAGAACAGAGUUGCACGUGGUCAAAAAGAGACGGAAACUCUGAGAGAGACUGUAAAUUCUGUUGGGAAAAAGCUACGUUCAAAAGAACAGGAAAAUAAGAUUGUGAGGGAGAUGUCCAAGAAGCAGCAUGAAGAAAGCAGAAAAGAGAUGGAUGCACAAGAGGAAUUCUACAGAAAACAAAUAGACGACCUCCAUUCAAUGGUUUCUGCUAAAGAAAAAGAACUUGAGAGACUGCAAGACCAGCUUAGGAGUUCAACUUUGGAAGACUACCACAACCAGUUGGAGCACAAACAAGCAAACUCUAUCAUGGAUUCUGGAAAUAGUAAGCAGGAAGACCAGGCCAGCAGUGAAGAAAAAAUUGCCAAGGUGGAAGGCAUUCUUUUUGCUCAAUCAAAGGAGAUGGAGGAGUAUGAGCUCGAAAGGCAGAAAUUGAUCAAGGAGCAUGAUGAAAUUAGGACACAAUUCAAGCGCAAGCAACUUGAACAAGAAGUUGAGUUGGAGAAGGAGUUCAAGGCUGCCAUGACCCAGUUGCUGGACAAAUAUAUGGCAAGAGCACGUGCAUCUUCUUCUGAGGAUGCCUGACUUUAGUAUAAAUUUUCCCUUACAAUUUACCAAAGUCAUGUCUUCUAUUCUCUGGCCCGUCUUGGACGAUAUGUAGACAAAAACUUGGUGGAACAGAUUUUUAUCUUGGAGCAGACUAAUAUGCACUUGAUAUGGCACCUUUGAUGACAAUGUUCAGUUUUAUUUGGCUUC